GACGACGCCGCCAAAUUGGAUUCUACUGCCGCUUCCUGCGGAACUGAAACUGCGCGCUGCUCCCAUGAGCACGAGAGGUAGCAAUAAACUCCUCAAGGAAAUGGCUGAUUGGUUCUCACCGGACGCGGAGGCCGUGGAUCAUGAAAACCCUGUCUAUUUAAGGCUACUGCUCACGCAUGUCCUUAGCACCAUGAUCCUUGGCUCUUCUUUAUCAAUUUGAAAAAGAAGCCGCCAGAGAUACGACUCGUCUCAAGGAAGGAGAUACUAACGCGGUAGCUCUAAUCUAUGUCUCGGUCUGGAGUCGACUCCCAGUGGUUUCUUCUAUUGUUACUCGUCUAGGCUUCGGCAACCUGGGCCACUUAUUUCCCCGUCAAGAACCCACUACUUCCUCUGGAGGUGGAUCUUCAGGAGACGGAGCACCAGGAGGAGUUUCAGGAGCGGCUCAGCAAGCGGGACAGGGACAGGCAUAUCCAGAUGGACAGGGGAAUCUUCCGCAUGAAGUAGGCGUAGCUCCUGAAGAUUCUGGUCGUGUUUCCUUUGACGCGGCUCUUCGCUUGGGUUACGGGGCUUUCGUGGAUAAGGCUAGCGCGUUACUCACAAAGGAACUCACGAUCGAGCAAAUGGCACCGCAACUGAAGCCUCUACUUCAGGACAUUACGACGAUGAUUGGUGGCCAAACGGUUCCAGAAGCGAUGAUGCAGUUCGUGAGAAAGUUUUUUCUUGAAUACUUUGAUCGCGCCGACGAAGGAAUGAAGCUAGACAUGCUCAUGGGGUACCUGGACUUGCCACCGGCAGUAGCGCGCAAGCUCGUCGCAUCGAAGAAGUACUUCGUUGGGCAACCUGGUCCUGGUGAAAGUCAUGCUACUACUAAUGCUGGAGUAGAGGGUGUCGAGGGAAACACGGCCUCUUCCACGGAGCAAGAUGUUGUACUACAAUAUCAACAGGGUCAUAGUCAUACGUCGAAUGGUGAAGAAGGUCGAGCAGAAAGGGGACUUAGCGCACUCACACGUCGCAUUACUCAUGCUUUGAAGUCAAAAGGAAGAUCGAGGAGUGGUACUAGCGAUGUUGAUCACGGUCUACAAAUGUCAGCCUCUUUCUCACUGUCGGGGGAUCGAUAGCCUUAGAAGCCAUCAUAAUUGACAUCUUAGAAGUCACAAGUGCAUGAAGAUCUUGUUGAAUAGAUUAGAGCCAAGGUAAACAGCUUACGAAAUGCUGAUCGAGUCAAGCUCUCGUUUGAUUUGGACAAUCCUCUUCCGUAUUUUUCUACCACUACAGACGAGCAGGUCGAUUCAGAAAUGGGUGCGGCGCCAAAGAGCUUGGAGGAGCUUUUCGCCAGUCACGAUUUGAGCGUGAUAGCACCAUCAUUAAGGCCGUAGAUAUUUGCGAUGACAUAGACAUAGUACUUACAGAAUAGUACUCGAUAAACUCAGAGACAGAGACAGAGUCAGGAGAAGUAUUUCUUUGAACUGUAUAAACUGCUCUUUGAUAUGGUAGUACAUCAUAAUUUAUCAUACAUUUAAAUCCUGACCUUUAUUUGAAUGAUUGAAGUAGGACACGAUAAACUGUUCCAGGUCCACCAACCAGCAACUUGCUCUCUUCUAACUUAGGUUGGACGCAUCUUGAUGCAUACAGGUCCAGUGUUACAAAAAACAAUGCAAUUGUUUGCGGAUCACGCACCAAACACUGCGACCCGGAAAUUGUUGCAAUCUUUCCGCGAAAACCUUCACAAUCCCAUGGAAACGUGGCAACUGUGGGAGCAGCUCUGUGCGCAUCCACGCUCUGACGAUUCAGGAUAUGAAGAGGCAAUGCAGGAGCAAAUCGCCGCGUGGGCAGUACUGUUGGAAAAACAAAUUGCAGCGCGCAUUGAACGCGAGCCGGAUAUUCAAGAAACUGGAGCGGGAGAGUUAAGAGUUUUCAAAACAAGAACAAACAAGUAAGUGGAGUUCAUGAGCUCCGCUGUCCUGUAACACUAGUCCGUGUUUUUUUCAGUAGAAAGAUAGUGAGAGAGGUCGCGAGUCUCAUUUCUUCGUAAAAAUACUACAUGAUAGAUACAUAGGACCUCUAAGAUGGGUUAGUGGGUAUUUGAUGGCUUAAUUCUUGAUUUCAUCAUCUAGUACAGAGUGGAGUAGCGGCUGCGUCUGCAGCAAACAAAUCAAUAUUCUAAGAUAAGGCGAGGCUUCGCUGCAAGAGCUGCUCUGGCAAAUGGACUUCGCGGAAGCCUUGAGAAAGUCGCCGCGGGCAUCCGCAUGGCACCAGAACGGACAUUGUCGGCUCCUCCAAGCCGUUGAAAAGGACUCGUCUGCGGCUGUGAAAUUUAACCUGUGGCGCGAAACCACGCCAGCCCUAGUUAAGGCCGCGCCAUCUUUCGAAAAUUGUACCAAUUUAUUUUCUUUUCCAUAGAGUUGGAGCAGUAAGUUGUAACUAGAAUUAUAUAGUGUCUGGGAUUCUGGAGUUUCUGAGGUGAAUGCGUAUUAUCUUUUUCAAGGAGAAACUUAAUCUUGGAUUCAUCGUAGUCAUCCCCAUGCCGCUAGAAACACGAAGAUCCCUUUGCCUUUCAGUCGAGCUCUAACGUCCAAAAAGUAUCGCUUGAGUGCGACUCCCAAAGUUUGCAGGCAGUGCCACACGAUGAACCGACCAGGACCAAGUGCAUUCUAAACCGACAGUUGCUCAGUACAGGCACUGACGUUUUCGUCCGGCGACCACACCAGGGAAGCGCGGGAGACGGGCAAGCAGAUGGGGAUGCACAGGUUUGGAAAUUCGCAGGUAGCGUUGCUCGCGCUUACGGGUGGAAUGCGCAAGCGACACUGCCAGGUCGUGGCGCGGAAGAUCAGCAGGCUCUUGCUCUUAACAAUCAACGCAUAACAGAAGGAGUAGUGUUCCCUCAUAUUGCGCCAGUUUCGGCUCAGUGUCCAAAAAAGGGUCUGCCGACUCCUGCCGCUCUCUUUGGAAACGCUCGGUGGUAUCAGAGUGAAUACAGUUACCGAAUGACUUCCGAAGGGCCAUCAAGCAUUCAUGACGGCCAUCUACGUACUGCAGACGAUGGGUAUGAGGCGAUGCCAGCAGCGGAACACCAUGCUCCCAGGUCGGCCCGCUUUCUCCCCUUUCCGGAGAAUCACAAACGCGAUAUGCACGAGGUCGAUAUUGGUUCGCGUACUUCUCGCCACGAUAUGGAUAGCAUGAGUCCCAAGGUCCCUGAAGCGCGCACACUCAUUACAGUAUUGCCAAGGUCCGGAAAUUCACCUAUUCUCAACGCCUCAGUGAUGCAAUCGACGCAAGCUGCCGUUGUCUUCGCUAACCGUAUAGGAUGCGCUCUGCAGCCCGGCUACGAGUGGACAUGUAAGCGUCGGGACAGCGCCAGCGCGAAGAGAUAUGAGCCUUCUGAAUUCGAAAUCACUGCCGCAGAAGACGUCGGGAGCGGAAACUUGAUGAACCCCUUUCUUUUGGAACAAAACUCUCAUAGAGAUCGAGAACUACAAAAGGCAGUCCAGAUUGGUCCGAUUUCAACAACAAACACCUGGCUCGUUGCUGCUCCAAGGUAUGUCGGGGAACAACAGGGGAGAACUGCAGGAGGUGCGGGAACGCCUGCAGGUGGAGCUAAUGGUGGAGUGUCUUUUUCAUCGUCUCCUUCCACUCCAACGAGUAGUACGAUCGUUCUCGUAGACGAAAACUAUUAUUCUCCCGACACUCCUUCGCACCGGUACGAAUUUUCGUCGAGCCCAACAGCAGUUGGCACAGUCGCCCAGGGACACAUCGUAACGGAAGUGAACACCAACAAUUAUGAAACAAACAAAAGAAAUUUAUCGUUUUCUGUUUGUGCUCAUUAACACUAACACUGGUAGGAGGCUUAGCGUCCAAGAAGAGGUACUUGUAGAUUUUAGAUAAGUACUAAAUUUUUUUUUGACUUCUUUAUUUUUGUUUUCGUUCGACGACUUCUAGAAGGAACAAAGGAAGAAGGCAAAAAGAAAACGAACAGUCGGUCUAUUUAGUGUGCCAGAGACGUUACUCACGUCGUUAAGCAGUCGGUCUUUUGUAGCUGCCGCGUGUCUAAUUUGAGAAGUUUUGGUUGCGAGUGCAGCGCCCCUACAUGGCGGAGCGUAUCCGUUCCGAGAAGUAUAUCUUCAAGAAUAUUUUCGUUGAAGCGUGGCGCGAACAUGCGGAACUGACGGAUGAACGCGAGAAGGAAAUUCUUCAGGACAAAAUCGUCGCGACCAAAGCAGGACUCGAUUGGAACUUCUCUCGCAUCGAGGCGGAGCUGGAUCUCGAAGAGGAAAUCAGGAACCUACAGAUGGGAGACAAGUGCUACAACAGUGGUUUGCCCAUGGGGGAAUCGGAUGGUAGAAUAGAUUUACAAAUAUUAAUGGCAAGCCUACGCCUUAUUCUUAAUCAGUCAAAAAUCUACUUAGUCCCUUCCCAAUAUAAAUAUUUAUGUAAGUAGUACAUAAUGUAGGUAUCUAUUGGACGGUACUAGCAUGGAUCAUUUACAAAUAUGUAGGUCCUGGAUGUUCGUAGAACAAAGGGUGUUAUUGUAGAGGUAGAAGACACAGAAGAUUGUAGAAAUCACAUGACAUAGAGCAGAAACUAUUACCAAGAAGACCGAAUGGUUAGAAUCGUCUGACGUAUUAUUAUCGUCAAUGAACUACGACGUAUUAUUAUCGUUGAUCCGUAAUCGUUAUGUUUCGAUUACGAAAGAUCAAGUACAGUUCCAGCAUCUGCGUCUACAAUCCUCGCAUCGGACGUUCUUCGUAAGUAGAACAGAACCAGAAGUAGAACAAGACUUACAGCUCAUAGUUUUACUACAUGAACAAAAUUCAUUGUCACCCACGACUACAGGUGCUGGGUCGAUGCGAUUCGUGAAGCGCGUUGGUAAGCGUGCUGUUCUGACGGAGCAUAUUCGUGGCGUGACCGCCCAGAGCUGGGCCACCUCUGUGGGCGCAUCGUCCAAGCAAACGACCUGCAAGACCGUGGAAAACCUCAACGCCUUAUUGCAAAAGUGGUUUCAUCAUGCAUUAGACAACCCGGAUCACACAUUCUUCCACGCGGAUCCGCACGCGGGGAAUAUCAUGGUAAACCCUGAAACUGGUGACGUUGCGUUCAUAGAUUUCGGCUUUGCAUGGAACAGCGGGAAAAAUCAACUUCUCUUACGAAGUUCAACAAUAAUUGUAGCUCUAGCUGGUGCGUGGUGAAGGGAAUGAGUAUUACUAGCAGCUUCCUCGUGUAGUUCCACCUGUUAAAACACGACGUUGAUAAUACUUUCUUCAUGUUGACACUGUUCAUGAUACAAGUACAACUGUAGAUACAUCGACUACAUCCAUUCCAUUCAUUUCGUCCGAUUCAUCGAGCGAUUCUAGUCCUCUAAUCAAGUAGGUAGAGCUAAAAGUACUCCAACGCAAAACCUUCUUAAUACAAGCCUUUCUCUUAGUACCCUCUAAUCUAUCCGAAUUUUCGCCGGUUCCUGACGGCUGUCGUAUUCCAGAAUUAUGCGACGUUCCAAGCGUUAUUUGGAAUCGAUGAAAACGAUCCACUCAUGAUUGAACUGCGAGAGAAACUUCCGAGAAUCGCAGAAGAAGUCAAAUCUAUUGAGGUAUUAUUUUUGACCUUGCUAUCCACCUCCACAUCACUCAGCAAAUGAUGUCUCCAUGACUACAUAAAGAGCAAGAACCUGGUACUCGUUAUACCAUCUCGUGACGUCCACCGCCACAUUGUUAGUGUUACCAUAACUUCACUUCAAAAAAAUAGAAACGAAUUAUCCUUGUCGCUACGGACAUCGUUUUCCGGCAUUUGCAUCGCGUAAAUAACGCCUUGGACGGCCUCCGGGAGUUCCUGCUAGCACUUGGACUCUUCAACGACGUUUUUCUCUUGAUACUUAAGGCAACCAAAAGCAAAUCCUCAGCAUCAUCCUUGGCUAUAAUUUUCGUAGAGAGAUGAAAGGACGCUCGCCAACGAGCAUAUCAAGGAUGUUGCGAGUGCGAAAGCUCUAAGCUACACGCCGAAAAAGCCGACGACCUUAAAAGCUGCGGUCGUAGUCUGCAGAACCCCAUGACGUCGUUCUUGUGGAAAAUGGCGAAGGACACAAUUGCGGCCGGCGUGGGUAGCGUUGCAGCUUCAGUAAGGAACGCUUUUCGAGGCGGCCGAUCAUAG